AUGGCAAGCCUGAAUUUCUACUUAUGCCUUGCCUUGGUUUUCCUCAUCGUUUCUAGGUCAGAAAGUCGUCCCCUGGACCCCAAUCUAGAGAGGAAGAAUAUAAGUAGCAUAUUAUUGAGACAAUUGUUUCAACGAUCAAAAGAACACAAGCUAAGGUUUCAAGAAGAUGAUGCAGUGGUUGUUGGAAGCCCUUACCACACAAUGCGACGAAGUCCUGGAGGACCCGACCCUGCUCAUCACUGA